UUAAUAUAUCAAUAUAAGAAUCAAACGUGACUUCAACUAUAAUUAAAUAUCUCUUUUCCAAUGCUUACUGUCUUAAACAUAUAUAGAUGCAUAUAACUAUAACACCUUUCAACUUAUUUUCCUUGAAAAUCAAGAAAUUAUGGGAAAUUCAUUAGUUUGUAUAAACCCAUCAUCUUCAGUUCUUGAUAAUGAACAGAGAGCCAAAAAGAAAGUUUCUUCCAGUGGAAAAAGUAAUGGCUUCUUCCCUCCUCCUCCUCCUCCUCCUUCUUCCUCUUCUAAACCCAAGAAAGAAGAGUUGUUAAUGGAUGACAAAGUUUUAGCAGAACAAGCUAUGGCUGCUGCUAUGCUCUUUCGCCAACAUCAAAAGAAUGGUAAUGAUCUUCCAUUUCCAAGAUCCACCUCUGUCGUUUACCAUUCUCAUGGAUCCAAUAAGAAGCAAUCUUUUACCAAGAGUUACAGUUCUAGACAACGCUCUCUUGCUCAUGAUCCUCUGCUUAGACCUAAUCAGCUUCUUAAUCAGGAACUAAAGAUUGAUCAUCAGAGUGAAACCAACCAUUUGAUACUAGUACAUGGAGGGGGUUUUGGUGCUUGGUGUUGGUAUAAAAUUAUGACACUUCUAGAGGAAAGUGGAUUCAAAGUUGAUGCAAUUGACCUCACAGGAUCUGGCACCCACUCUUCUGAUACAAACACCAUUGCCACUCUAUCACACUACAUUAAGCCACUAAUUGAUAUUCUUGUCAAGCUUAAACAAGGAGAGAAGGUGAUCCUGGUGGGUCAUGAUAUUGGUGGUGCUUGUAUAUCUUGUGCCAUGGAGUUGUUUCCAUCCAAAAUUGCUAAAUCUGUUUUUAUCUCUGCAACAAUGUUGUCCAACGGCCAGAGUGCUUUUGAUAUAUUAUCCCAACAGACAGAUUCCACUGAUCUGAUGAGACAAGCUCAAGUCUUUCUGUAUGGAAAUGGGAAGGAUAACCCCCCAACAGCUAUUGACCUUGACAAAGCAUUUUUGAGAGAUUUAUUAUUUAACCAAACUUCACCUAAGGACAUAGCACUUGCAUCAGUAUCAAUGAGACCAAUCCCAAUUGCACCAGUUCUGGAGAAGCUUUCUCUUUCUGACAACAACUAUGGAUCAGUUAGAAGGUUUUAUAUAAAAACUCAAGAAGACUUUGCAAUUCCUGUCUCUCUACAGGAAUCCAUGAUCAACUCCAAUCCUCCAGAACAAGUUUUUCAAAUUAAAGGUUCCGAUCAUGCUCCUUUUUUCUCCAAGCCCCAGGCUUUGCACAGGAUACUCAUCGAGAUAUUACAAAUUUUACCCAAAUAAGCCUAAAUCUUUAUUAUAAAGUGCAUUUGCCAUCUAAGAUCUAUUAAAAUGUCUGGCGGGAAGUAUCAGGUUCGGGUCUUUGGCCUCCAACGAAAAAAAAAAAAUUGUCCAUUUUGAGGUUGCAAGCAUCAAAACAUCAAUGGCCAAAGUUAAAUCAACAUCAACAUGUGCAUAUAUGCCACUGCAAAUUUGGCAUCUUUCUGUCGUCGAGAAGGCUUUAUUAUAUUCCUAUAUCAUAUAUGUGGUUAUACCUUGUAAAUUGUAAUGUUUCAGAAUCAAAAGUGACAUUGUUCUUCAUUGGUGAAUUGAGUUACUAGUAUGGAAAUAAGAGUGAAAAAAGAUUAUGUAUUUUUUUAAUAUAA